CCGCAGCCAACCAUGUGUACGGUUUUUUAGCAUCAUGCAAACUGAAGGUCUGUAAGCUUGUUUACGGUCAUACAGAAUUGUGUGGAGUCCUACAUGAAAGGAAUUCCUUCAGAAAAUGGAGGCAAGGCAGCUGAAAAGAGAUGUUGAGGCGCUUAUUGGUGAUUACAUUGGGCAGAAACUGAGAGAAACCUCUUUUGAUCCAAAGGGGAAGGGGACCUCCACAAUGCUGGAUGACCUGGCUCACUAUGACCUGGCCAUUAGUGUUGCCCUUUGGUGGUUGGACAAAGAAGAGGGACGGGACAUGCUUGACAGAGACAUCAUUGGAGCAACAAGCAGCUCAGGAAGUGCCCAGUACCCUAAUCGCUUAGAACGAGAGGCCAUGAUCCUGUCGUCAUUUGCUGGGAUAAUUAUGAACAGCCUGCCGGUGGAGGAAAUCCUGGCUCUGUACAGGUGUAAACCAGCUGCUUCAUACUCUAACCAGAAAUCCAAGGGCACAAUUGUGUACCCCUUCACUCUAUCCUACCAUCCGUUUGCAAUGCUUGGCUCUUACAAGGCGGUGUACCACUCCAAGAAGCACAGUCAAAAGUUGAAAAGAUGGCUGUCUGAGAGGGAGAAGGCUAGUGCCCUGCCUGGACGAGUUUCAGUGCACUCUUCUUCAUCUUCCUCCUCCUCGUCUCACUCCUUCCUCAGUGACAACAGUGAUCGCCGGGAGGAAAGAGCUGAGCACUGUGAAGGUUCACUGGAGUCUCUGCACGACUGAAGUCCCCCUCCUGCAGUUCAUUUUUGUCCUCAUGAUGGACUUUAUAUCUAAUUUCUUGAGGGAAAAAAGUGUUUGAGUACAAGAGUUUCUCACUUCUGCUGUCUUUGCUUUUCGGUGACUUUAUACUGUCACACUGACAAUGUUUAAACUUCAUGUAAUGGAUAAGUAUCUCAUAAAACUACACUUCAAAAGAUCCAAACUAACCCUUUAAGCCAAUUUCUAUGUUUAAAUGUAAUAAAGGAUUUAUUAAUAGCUGGUGUAACCCAAUCCACAUGAUUAUUAAUUGAU